AUGAGCGGAGAGGAGACGAGGGAGCUGCACGUCUGGGAUUUCGACGGCACGCUGGUCAACACGCCGGUCCCGGACACGGGCAGGGCGCAGUACGAGCGCGAGACCGGCCACCCGUGGCCGCACAGGGGCUGGUGGGGCAGGGCGGAAUCCCUCGAGCCGCCUCUGACGUGGGAGCCCGGUCCCGCCAUGCGUGACUUUGUUUUGCUCGCGAACCGACCCAACGUUCGGAGGGUCAUGAUGACCGGACGGCGCUCGAAGCUGGCGCCGCGGGUGAUGUCCAUCCUCGGCGAGUUUGGGGUGUUCGUGGACGAGGCCGUGUUCAACUCGAGCGGUCACGACACGUUCACGUACAAGUGCGGCGAGCUCGGACGGAUGAUCCGGCGCGCGGGAAGUUCGUUGGAGAGGGUUCGCAUAUGGGAGGACAGGGCGCCCCACGCGCGCGGGUUCGACAAAUUCGUCAGGGAGACGUUCCCGGAACUGGAGGUGGAGGUGACGAUAGUGCAGCCGAGCAUCGAAGGGUAG